AUGGCUUCCGAGGAGGUCGACUACCAAUACUACACAUACGAUGGCCGCCUAGCCUCGUUCCAGAAGAACAAGAAGCGCGGCUCAACCGCCAAGGGCUCCAAGGCCCUCAACUGGCCGCACAAGACGAUUACGGCCGAGAGCCUCGCACGCGCAGGUUUUUACUUUCAGCCUUGGGCUGAUAACCCCGACAACGUCGUCUGCUUCCUAUGCCACAAGAGCAUGGAUGGCUGGGAGGCCGGCGACGACCCCCUCCGCGAACAUCUGAAGCACUCGCCCGAGUGCGGAUGGGCCGUUACUGCCGCGAUCGAGGCAGAGAUUGAGACGUACCAGCUUAUGCACCCUCUCGAGUCAACUAUGAUGGAGGCGCGCAAGGCUACUUUUGCUGGGCUGUGGCCCCACGACGGCAAACGGGCGUGGAAGUGCAAGACGAAACAGCUGGUCGAGGCCGGGUGGAGGUAUACGCCGACCCUGGACUCUGACGAUAACGCGACGUGUGCCUACUGUGGCCUAGGCCUUGACGGCUGGGAGCCCGGUGACAAGCCCUACGAGGAACACGAGAAGCGAUCGCCAAGCUGCCUGUUCUUUACCCUCUCCAGGCAGCCCAAGAAGGGGCGCGGGAAGACGGCGCACGCAUCUAAGGCAUCCCGCGUAUCCACCCAAUCCACCGCCACCGAGGCGCCGUCCAUGGCAGACACGACAGCCGCAACAGCCGACGACACAUUCAUGACAACCGUCUCUACCGCGACAACGCAAGGGGCCAAGAAGAGCCGCUCAAAGAAGGGGACAGCUACCAAGGGUAGCAAGACAAAGGCACAGAAGGAGGCGAGUGUCAUCGAUUCCGAUGAAGCGCAGAACCUUGAGAUCCCUGAACCCCAGGAGGAGCUUGCCGCAUCAUCGCCGCCGCCGCCGCCGCCGCCACCGGCAGCGAAGAAGCCCGUACGAGGCAAGAAGCGUGGCAGCGAGGCUGUCAACGAGUCGACACUGACAAUCACUUCGGAAGCCCCUGCACGAAAGAAGCGUGCACCGAAGGCUCGCGGAAGCACGGCAAUCGAGAGCUCUACCGUUGAACCCUCGUCGGAAGAUCACGACAUGGCCGUUGACGCUGCUCCCGCACCAAAAAAGACGACCGGUCGGAAGAAGGGCUCGACCGUUCGCAAGGCGUCAGUAAGGUCCAGCGCAUCAUCGGUGGGAUCGAUAUCUUCGCUCAAGUCCUUGCCUCCUCAGUUCCCCGACGAUGACGAGAUCGAACGCCAGCUCGAGGCUGACCUUGAGCGUCCUCUCACCGAUGAUGAAGCUAUUGCCACCGAGUCGGACUCGGGGAGGGCCAAAGGCAAGGCACCCCACGGAAGAAGGGCUGCGCAGCAGCAGAAGACGUCCAAGGACUACGCCAUGUUUGACCCGGAACCCGUGUAUCAUGAUGACGAGGAGAUGGAGGACGAGCUUGAUGCCCUGCGCGAACAGAUGGAUGCUGAGAAGCAACAUGAGCCCGAACCUGAAUCCGAGCCCGAGCCGAUUCAGAUCCCUAAGAAGGGGCGGAAGCCCGGUGUUCGGAAGGCUUCCAAGCAGACCAAACCUAAGAAGGCUGCGGACAUGGAGCCGGAGCUCCCGCCUGUCGAACUCGAAGAGGUUGAGCCAGAAGAGCCUGUGUGGGCUGACCCGGAAGACAAGAACACAGAAGAUUACGAGAACAGCAUCGGCAGUACCGGCACGACCGUCAAGAAGACGGAGGAGCAGCGUCCCGCAACAGCAGCGCAGCAGAAAAAGAAGGGCAGCCGUACCAAAAAGACUAAGGCUUCUUCACCGAUGUACGAGCCACUCGAAGAUACCGAUGAGUUGGCCGAAGAUGACGUGGACCUCAUCGAGCCGCCGCCGCCGCCGCCGCCGCCGAAGCAAGGAAAGCCCAAGGCCAAGACCAGGGCUGCUCCCGAAUCACCGGCUGACCCGCCAAAGAAGCGUGCUCGCGGUCGGCCAGCCAAGGCGGCACAAGCACAAGCAGAAGAAGAAGAAGAAGAAGAAGAUGUCGAGGGGCAGAAUCCAAAGUCGAAACAGAAGCAGAAGCCAGUUGAAACGGCGCCGGCUGAAACCAGCCGCGCAAGGCCACCUGCUAAGGCGUCGAUGGACAGCCAGAUAGCGGGCCCCGAUGCCCAACUACAGGGGGAGGCCGAAGAUGCAAACUUGAGGGCAGAGCGCGACGACGAGCAGGAGGAUUACGCCGACGAAAUAUACGAUGACGAGGCUGAGUACCGGGACUUGCACUCUGGCAGUCAACCAGACUACUUCUCAACGCCGGCCUCCCGCCGAAACUCGGCAAGCGGCGUCCCGUCGACGCCGCCGAGCGCAUCAGCCCGCCAGGCAGCCCUAUCUCCCUCCCAGUCACCCCAAUCUUCGGAUGCGGAGAAUCAGCCGCCGUCGUCGAGGGCGCCAGCCACAGUGACGAAGCACGUGGCCCUGGUCCCUAUGGAGGCGACGCCGGUGCGAACCACGUCGCCCUCGAAGCGCAACGCCAUUGCCGGCCUGCAGAGCAAGACGCCCUGGAAGGCUGUCGACCUCGACGCCGUGCUGGGCACGCCGGCGGCUGGUUCCGUGGCCGCAGCGGCCGAUAAGGAGAACGGCGCGGACCGCUUGCUCAGGAAGGGCAAGGAGCUGACCUCUCCCGAGAAGCAGAUGACAGUUGAGGAGUGGAUCUACCACAAUGCCGGGGAGGCGGAGAAGGUGCUCAGGCAGGAGUGCGAGGCCAUGGUGAGCCGGUUCGAGAGCGAGGGGGCCAAGGCUAUGAAUGUGCUUGAGGAGUUGGUUAUUGACUGA